GGAGAAUCGCAAACAAAUUUUUGCUAUUAAAGAUCGAAUCUUCAAGAGCUAGCCGUUGUUUGAAGAGAAAUCACGCACAUACACAUGCUGUGGCAUUCUCCUCGAGUUCACUGAGAACGGAUGACCGGUUCUGCGGAAACCUCACUGCUGUUUCUCAUAGCCUGUAUGUCCAAAGUACCCCAAAAAUCUCGACUGAAAAUCAAUAAGUCAGAUGAGUGAGAACGAUUACUGUAGCUGUGACGAUCCACGAGAAGCUCCGUCAGCACCUCGAAUGGAAUCAUCGGACCGGUUCUCAUUUCCACAUUUAUUGAGACAACGACCACCUGCUUAUGCGCCUCCGAGUCAUCGUAAAACGCUCAAGAUCGAUUGCCUUUUUUGUAUUGGUGUUGCGCAGCUUCUUGUUGCGGCCCUGCUCCUUUAUGGUGGCAUCUGCUGUGAACUUUAUGUCGAGGCAGCUUACUGCUCCUACUAUUCACUUUUAUGGAUGCCUGCGCUGUGCUUAGUCAACUCGUUGAUCGGGAUAGUUGCUGUUGUUAUCAAUUACGAUACGCUGCUAUUUGUACACCUUUGCGUAUCAGUGAUGGCUGUUGCGGCUGGUGCAGCCAGUACUGUGAUCUCUUUAUUUGACUACAGCGCUAUUGGCACUACACAGUGGUCUUCGAAGAACAAUCUCUUCUGUUUGCUUCCAACUUACGACCCACCCAGAGACAUUACUGACACGCUGGUUACGAGUGGUGUUAAUGCCAUACGGAAAAGUCUUUUUAUACUCUUAGGGAUGCAAGAAAUCUACAAAAUUGGGAGACAUAGCAAUUUUUCUGAAUGUAUAUGGCAGUUCAAGACUGGAUUAUUGAUUGUCAAUCUGUCCAUUGUUGGAGCUAUAUUCUUAGUUGUUCUGAGCACGAUAUCCAUAGUGCUAUGCGCUCGACGAAUAAAGGAAUGGCCCAAACUUCGCUAAAGUGAUGAAGAUUUUCAUCGAAGUUUUGUGAACCUAGCCGGUUUAUACUUCACUUGCUUGACUUUCUUAUAAUUAGCUUGUAGCUUUGAACUCUGUACAAUUGCAUCUGUACUAUGGGUCCCGAAAUUCUUUCGAAGAUAGAUUUCUAUUUCGCUUUCAUCUAUUCAAAACGUAUGAGACUUGCUACGAUCUCAAAUCUAAUAGAAUCUACACUUGAUUUUGCGUUUAACAACGAACUUGGCUGCGUGCGCCACUUGAAGCGUGCAAGAAAAUCAAUAAACAUAUCCAUUCAAAUGUGCUUACAGACACGACUCAGAGGCAUCAAAGCCGCGUUGCUUCAAAAUUUGCAGUUUGGAAGCUAUGCACAUCUUUCCUAAUUUUUCUAAAAACGCAGGUUAAAGCGGGAUUGCCGAAUCUCGAAAAGCAUAAGAACGAAUAGCCAC